CUCUGUCUCAAAAAUAAAUAAACGUUAAAAAUUUUUUUUAAAAAAGGAAUUGUUAAAAAAAAACAAACAAACAGUUAAGUCUUCCCCGGAGUUAAAAAUUUACAUGUGCAUUUCUGACUGCCUAAGGGGACAGGGGGUGUCAGUGCCCCUAACCCUUGUAUUUUUCCGAGAGCCAACUGUAUUUUUAAAUAAUACUCUAAUACUGUUGUUUCUCCUUCUUGGUUUCUCCUUCUUGUAUAUUGACUUCCUGGAAAACAUACUUUCCAUUUCACAGAUGCAGAGGUUGAGGGUCCGGAGGGGUGAAAUGACUGUAAAAGGUCCUGCAGAACCUUGGUUAAAUUCUCAUACCAAAUUUCACACUCUGCCACCAUAAACUCUUACCAGUAUUAGUAGGUCCACAACACUCAUGACACUCUCUUAACUUUCUAGUUCAUACCUAUUUCUCAUCACACAUUUGCAGAAUAAAGCAAAAAAAUUAAACCAUUCACAAAAAAAUAAUUGCUCUAUUACUGGUAGUGAAGAGGCCUCCUAAUUAAGUCCUUUAUUUCCGGGCAGAAAAACCUCAUUCUAUUCACUUCUUUUAUUCAGUAUUUGACAAGUCUUUAUGCACAAAUACCAAGUAAAGGACUGGCUGUUUUCAGGGAGCUUAAAAUCAGUUUCAACCUAGAGCAGUUGCAACAUUUAAUUAAAAGAUACUGUUCCGCCUUGCUGAGCUCAAAAUCCAACAAUGGAGAAAUGUUGCCGAUAAUGUUAGUGACGAAGUUCAGGACAUGCUAUCUCCAAAUAGGUCACGUUGGCACAUUAUUUUGACUUAAAGGCAUUUUUUGUUUUUUUGUUUUUUAAUUUUUUUUUAACUUUAUUUCUUUUGAGACGGGGAGAAAGCAUUUGAGCACAGGUCGGGGAGGGGCAGAGAGUGGGAGAGAGAAUUCCAAGCAGGCUCCACAGUGUCAGUUUAAGCCCACAAACUGUGGGACCAUGACAUGAGCCAAAGUCAAGAGUCGGACGCUUAACUGACUGAGCCACCCAGGCACCCCAAGUUACAGGCAUUUUUGUAAACAACAGGUGCAAGAAAGGUGCUCAGCUUCCCAUUUUUUCUUCCUGAAAGCAGAAGGUGAAAUCCCAGCGCCAGGAGGAAAGAAACCUCAUCAGAGAGGAACUUGAGUCUGGAAGAAUUUUCACACGGAGACCUUAAAAUAACUUCCUUGAGCCUUCCCUGUUUUAUUUUAGUUGCUUUGCCACAAUAGCCACAAUUGUUCAACCCCGUAUGUAAACAUUUAGCUUUUGUCCCUUCUUUGUGUCAUUUUCUCAUGAAAGCCCCUGGGUCAUGUAACACACUAAAUAAGUUUGUGUACUUUUGUCCUGUUAACCUUUUUUUUUGUGAAUUUAGUUCUCAGGCUCUGCCAGAGAGCCUAAGGAGGCAAAACUUUCGCCUGCCCAACGUUAACAGGCCACCAGUGGCCAUUCUGAUCCUAAUUCCAAAAAACAACUCUCCCCCAAAUUAGCCUGAUCACCAUAAAUAGCAAAGAAACUGCUGCCAGGUUUUCAUGCCUCACUUAUAUUUCGCAUCUCAUCUCAGUAAAAGACUCAUUUUCUAUUAAUGUGAAUGUAUCUUUUAUGUCACUGAUAGUACCUAUUUAGCAUUUUGUCUUUUUACUUAUUAUCUGUCUUCCUCUAAUCCUGUGAACUCAGUAGGACCUUCCUGUCUCUCGGUCCAUAGCAUCUAUCACAGUCCCUGGCACACAGCCGGUGCUCAAUACUUGCUAAGCAUUAUCUUAACUUCACCUAGAUGUUCCUUGCUUUGACUAUCGCUGUAGGCUAACACUUUGUAAUACGACACUACAGUUAACAACGUGGCUCCAGCCAAUUUCUGAUCCCUAUUUUAAUCUUGGUCUCCACGUCUAAUUCAUUUCACCGCACAGCGAACAGGAACUUCUAUGUACAGCGGAUAAGCCCACUUAGUGCACGUGGGGGCACCCACGGUGAAAACAACAUUUUGGCAAGCUUUGGCACGCCCGCGUAGUGCUGUGGAUCCGCUGGCUGCGGCCGUGCGCGCCUAUGUAGGAGAUGACAAUCAAUAGAAGUUCCCUCUAACUGGAAUGCCAUCUGCUUCCCACGCCAGCCUUUCAAGCCUUCCUCCAUCCUGCGAAACCCCGUUCCCUUGUCAAGCGCUCCAGGAGAAGGUGACAUCGGGCAGCCUACCCGGGUUCUCCGUGCUCCUGUUCUCUCAUCUGUAAAGUAGGGACAGAGGCUGUUGGAAGCUCUCCUCAAGAGUCAGAACCUCGCAGCUCUGAAGAUCAAGGAGUGGAAAGUUCUUCACCAGCCCUGAGAUCUCAAGAGUGGUAUUUGCAAAACCAGCUACUUUGACUAAAAUCCUUCUGGAAUCUGCCUUGCUUGUAUCCCAUCCAUGCAAGAUUUCAUCAUGGGCAGUGGCUAUUACAACAUAUUGGCUACCGUGUUGUUGGUCAUGAAUUUUGAGAGGACGAGACCAAUGCAGGAUUCUUGUAGCAAAUGCCCAGCAGGUACUUUCUGUGAGAAAACCAAGGAUCACAUCUGCAUCGCUUGCCCUUCAAAUAGUUUCUCCAGCACCAGUGGACAGAGGGCCUGUGACAUAUGCAGGCAGUGUGAAGGUGUUUUCAGGACCAAGAAAAUGUGUUCCCCCACCAGCAAUGCAGAGUGUGAGUGCAUCUCAGGAUUCCACUGCUUGGGGGAAAGAUGUACCAUGUGUGAGCAGGAUUGUAAACAAGGUCAAGAAUUAACCAAAGAAGGUUGUAAAGACUGCUGCUUUGGGACAUUUAAUGAUCAGAAACAUGGGACCUGUCGACCCUGGACAAACUGUUCGUUGGAUGGCAAGUCUGUACUUGCGAACGGGACGAAGGAACGUGAUGUGCUCUGUGGACCAGCUUCGUCCGACUUCUUUCCACGUACAACCUCUGCCACCAUACCCGCCCCUGCAAGAGAUCCAGGUCCUACCUCCCAGAUCCUCGUCGUCUUCCUUGCGCUGAUGUCAGCUGCCGUGCUGUUCCUGGUGUUCUUUCUGGCACUCCGUUUCUCUGUUGUUAAACACAGCAGAAAGAAACUCCUGUAUUUAUUCAAACGACCGUUUAUGAGACCAGUACAAACCGCCCAAGAGGAAGAUGCCUGUAGCUGCCGAUUUCCAGAGGAAGAAGAAGGAGAAUGUGUUCACACUGUUCUGUGAAGCAGCCGCUGGGACUGUCUUGAGAAGAGUCAGCACAGAAACAUGAGUGAUCCCUCUAUCCUAGCUUUCUAAAUCGAAAAAGACCAUCCUAGAUAAGACUCAGGAUUACCCCCCAAGUUUUCUCAGAAUGCUAACAGGUUGGCCUUUAAGAAAUGUAUCCCUUUUAAGUGGAUGUGUGGGACCAGGACAUUUUCUAGAUAAUGUUUAAUAGCCUUGAGAUGCUUUCUUUUCUUUUCUUUCUUUCUUUUUUUUUUUUUUUUGAAUUCUAAAGAGACUUAUACUUCAAAUGAAAUCAUGUGGGCCAAUGGUCCAGCUAAAAUGAUAAUCAAAUUUAAUUCCGUUUUGUGUGUGUGUGUAUGUGUGUGUGUGUGUGUGUGUGUGUGCUAAUAGGACAAAAAGCCAUAAGAUGCAGGAAAUACCCCCAACCAAAUCUUCCUUUGGUUCAGACAUUCGACACAAUGAGCUCUACUAAUGUGAGGAGGGAAAUUAUGACAGGGCCCAAAUUUGAGGUCAAGGGCAAAAUAUCUCAGACCUUCAGGAAGAGUUUUGGAAAGAGUUCGGAUGUCUUUGCACAUCUUGUGGUCCCCUCCACCCUUGUGUCUUCUGCUUUGUGACUCUCCUCUCUGAGACAGGGUUUAUGUUUUGUUGUUGUUGUUGUUGUUGUUUAAUGUUUUUUUUUAAUUUACUAGUGAAGUGUAAUUGACAAGCAAUGUUAUAUUCGUUUCCAGUGUAGAACAUAGUGGCUCAAUUCUGUACAUUACUCAGGCUCACCACGAUUAUAAGUGUAGUCCCAAUCUGUCACCAUAGGAUGUCAUUACAGUGUCAUUGACUGUACUCCCUGUGCUAUACUCGUCAUCCCUGUGCCUUAUUUAUUUUACAACUGGAAGUUUGUGUCUCUUGAGCCCCUUCAUCUGUUUUGCCCAUUAAAAAGAAUUGGCUUAUGUGUUUUUAAUUCUUAAAACCGUUAAACAUAAUAUUUGAUAUACUAAUCGAGGAAACGGGUAGGAAUGAACAGUUCUAGAAUGAACACCCGUGAGCCCGUAGCCCAACCAGGGUCCGAGAGCAGAAGUUGCCAGACCCCGAAGGACCAAAUCUGAGGCUUUGUAUGGCUUCUGAGCUAAACGUGAUUUUUACAUGUUUAAAUUGUGAAAAACAAAUCAAAAUAAGACUAAUAUCUCAUGACAUGUAUGUAUGUAUGUAUGUAUGUAAAAUUAAAAUUUCGGAGUCCAUAAAUAAAAUUUUAUGGGAACACUCAGCCACACUCAGGUGGCUUUUGCAUCACAACAGCAGAGUUGAGUAGUUGUGCAAGAGACUGUAUGGCCCACAAAGCCUAAAAUAUGUAACAUCUGACCCUUUAUAGGGUCAGGGUCAAGGUCAGAGCAUCCUCUCCAUGUUGCUUUUCCUCCCUCAUCUUCUGCCUACCUCUCCACCUCACCCCCAGGCACCGUCUCUCAGGAACAUCAAUUCGAUCGAUUCCCUUGCUUUAAAAAAAAUCAUUGCUCACAUAUUUAUGUACUCCAAAACUACGUUAUUUAGUUUUGCUUGUUUUUUAGCCUCAUGACAAUGAUAUUACACUGUAUGUGACUUGGUUUAAUCACUCAAAAUUCUAUUUAUAAGAUUCAUUCAUAUAAUUGUGUGUAACUAGAAUGCAUUCAUUUUAACGAUUGUAUAAUUUUGCAAAUAUACCAUAAUUUAUCAAUGC